AUGGAAGAAAUUAUUACCACCAUAUCUGAAGAUUUAGGAUUUAAAUCUUUGGGUGCAAAAGUUAUCUUACCGCCAUUUCCAAAUGAAAAAUUACCUUUGGCUAGCUUGAAUGAUUUUAAAAUAAAUAAUGAAGCUGGUCUGUUUGUAGCUACAUGUUCAAACCAAGUUAUAUUUGGGGAUUUACAAAAAUUAAGAGAUUUUAUACUAUCUGAAAAUGAUACAAAGAAUGAUUUGUCAUCAUAUAAUCUCACCAUAUUAAAUGAUAUUAUAGAAGAUGAUAAUGACAAUAUCAUAUCUGUUGAUAUUUUAUAUCAUACUAAGCAAAUUGUCGUUGUUACUUUAUAUGGUAAAUUGUUUUUUAUUGAUUUCGAAACUCCCACGACUCCAAAUCCAUCUAAACAAAUCGAUUCUGAUAUUAAAAUAUUGAAAUGCUUAAUUAUUGCUGAUACCUUAUAUUAUAUAGAUUCUAAUCAUUCACUAAAGUGUUUUCAGCUUUUAAUACAGGAUGAUUCCCAAAUGUUGAUUUCUGAUAAUGUAGCUGACUUUGAUAAAACUUUAAAUACAAAUGAAUUAGUUGUAUUAACUAGAAAUGAUUGUAAAUUGCAAUUCUAUCAUAUUUUGAGAGGGACGUUAUCGUUGGAAAGAACUCUUGAUCUUCCAGAAGAGAUCAUAUCAACUAUACAAGAAAAUGACGACGAUGACGAGUGUAUCUCAUUGAAUGUCGUAACAUUGUAUCAUAAACAGUACUUAUUAGUUUUUGGUAAUUCUCCAAAUCCAAAUAAUGAUGGUGAUGACGACAAUAUAGAGGUUGUAUAUAAUCAUAGAACAUAUAUGGUGAAAUUCGAUUCAGAUAAUAAAGCCACAUAUUAUGAAACCUUCGAUUUGGCUCCAGCGUUUGGUGUAAUUAAACGAGUACCUUCAAUUUAUAACAUUUUAUUACCGGAUUUAGUUGACAACAUAUCUAAUUUCAACAUUAUUACUUCUUCGUGUUCCACUGAACUAUCAAUAUGGGAUUCAAAUGAAAUUGUCCAACCAGACCAAGAUAGUGAACGUGCAGUUCUACCUAUUAGCAAAGAAACAGAUAAUGAUACAUGUCCUGUUGGUAUGGCAUUAGAUUAUUCUACAGUUGGUACUAUAACAGAACCAUGUUCUGGGGUUGACUCUGUAGAUAAAUUACCUUUAAUAUAUGUGUUAAAUAACGAAGGUAGGUUGCAGAUAUGGGGGUUUUAUCAUAGCCAUGCGAUUAAACAAAAAACAUUUCACGUUGAAAAAGUAGCAAGCUUUUUUAAAGAUCAAAAUGUAAUGGUAUUACCCGAUACUAUAGAAGAGAAACAAGGUGAAAGGGAUGUUGACACAAUAAAUUCAAAUAGAUCAGAUGAGUCAUCUAUUUUUACAAAGAAAGACGAUCGAAAUACUGUAAUUACUACGAACGAAGGUGUUCGUGAAUCAGUAUUACAUACUGAACCGGAUAUUACUACUUCAAAUAAUGAUGAUAUCACCAACUCUAUGGGAAGUUUUUCUUUUGGUCAAACAGAUAAUAGUAAUAACAGUACUGAUAUUCAAAAACCAGCAUUCAGUUUUGGUUCAUUGACUUUUGGUAAUUCAACUGAUUCUUCCUUUAAAAUUAUGGAUCAUGUAGAAUCAAAUAAACCAGUGUUUGGUUCAAGUACAUUUAAUCAAAAUAAUAACAAUAAUCCAAGUAAUAAUAAGACGUCAGCUUUUGGUGUUCCCUCAUUUAACCAAAGUUCCAAGAAUGGUUCUAAUUCAACAAUGGAAACAAUUUUUGGAAAAUCUGCAUUUGGGAAACCAUUGUUUGGCCAAUUAGAAGUAGGGAGUACCUAUAGUUUAGCUACAGAGUCCGUAUUUGGAAAGCCUGCGUUUGGUAAACCAUCAUUUAGGCAAUCAGAUGGAGAGAGUACUAAUAAUGUAACUACAGAAUUCGUAUUUGGAAAGCCUGUGUUUGGUAAACCAUCAUUUGGGCAAUCAGAUGGAGAGAGUGCUAAUAAUGUAACUACAGAAUUCGUAUUUGGAAAGCCUGUGUUUGGUAAACCAUCAUUUGGGCAAUCAGAUGGAGAGAGUGCUAAUAAUGUAACUACAGAGUCAGUAUUUGGAAAGCCUGCAUUUGGAAAUUUUAGUUUUAAUGAUAUGGAAUUUGACAAGUCUCCUUUUGCUAGUAUUGCUAACAAAAAGUCACCAUUUGCUAAUCUAUCUAAUAAAGAGUCUCCUUUUGCUAGUAUUGCUAAUAAGGAAUCGCCACUUGCUAAUUUAUCCAAUAAAGAACCUCUUUUUGCAAAUACAACUGAUAAAGGAUCUGUAUCUAAAAGUUUGGAAGAAUCUCGAAACCAGAUUAGUGAACAAAAAUAUGAUUUCAGCCAAACAGAUAAUAUAGAAAAUACUAAAAAGUCUAUUAGUGAUGAUGAAAAAGUUAAAGAAGAAAUAUUAAAUCACUCUAUGUCUGAACCCAACGAUGAUCUUAGUGACUCUACAAUAGAACAAACACCUUCCGUGUCAUUACAGAAGAAUGAAUCCAACUUUUCCUUAUCCGCUUUUACCAGUAGUCUUAAAAAAACAGCAAAUAUACCAACAUCUAACUUUACCAAUAUUAACUUUGGGCAAUUUAGUAAUAAUAAUACUGAGAAAAGCUCAUCUCCAUUUGCCUCAUUUGCAGAUGAUUUGAAAAAACCAAAUACCCCAUCUUUUUCUUUCUCCAAUCUUAACAUUAGUAAUGAUGAGAAGAAGGGCCAGGAAGAGGAACCAAAUAAUUGUAAAAUAGAUGAAAAUAAGAAUAAUGGACUAUUAUCUGACAAAAUUAAUCAAGAUUCUGAGGUGGAGGAAAAAGAUGCAGUAUCAACCUUUGGGGACAAUAAGGAUAAGGUAGAGGAUAAAAUUAUUAGUAAAAUAUCAAACAUCGAUGAGAUAUCCAAAUCAGAUUUAAAAUGUGAACAAAGAGAUGAAAGAACAAAUGAUGGCGCAAAAAUAAAGGAACCAACUAAUGUAGAUAACGAAGCAAAUGAACUUUCUAGUGAUUUAAUAAAUAAGAAAAUAAUGGAAGAAAAGCAACCAAUUGAAACAAACAUAAAAGGACCUAAUACAGCUGAGAAAGACAAUGAAGUGUCUGAAACUGCUAACCAACUAAAAGUAAACGAUGAGAGGGAAGAUACUAAGAUUGUUUUAGAUAAAGAUGAUCACUUAGAUAAGAAAGAUAAUGAAGUAGAUGGUCAAACUAGUUUUUCAACUGUUGAAAUAUCAACAGAAAUAUCCAAGGACAGAAAGCGGUCUGAAAAUGUAGUGGUUAAAAAUAAAGAGGACAAGAACGAUGGGGAGUUAAUUGACAAACCAGAAACCAAAAUCUCAGAGAUUCUUAAAGAAAAAAUUGAUGGUGUUAAAAAAUCACACUUGGUUGAUAAAUGUGUGGACACAACUAUUCAAUCUGUCAGUCAACAAAUACAAACAGAGCCUAUUGAGUAUAAAGAUUCAAGCAUUCAAAUGAAAGAGUUUACUUCUCAGUCGUGCCAAACAGAUGAAAUAAAAUACGAAACUUUUCAAAUGAAGUCAUUUGAAGAAGACGAAAAUUAUUUAGCUGAGAUAUACAUACCUUUGUCUUUGGGUCAAUAUUACACAAAUGCUAAUAUUUUAAAUAUUCCAUAUGCAUCAGCAAAUAAAACCAUGAAAUUAUUUGAAAGUACUUAUCAGCAAGUCAAUGCAGAAUUUCAGGUCUUAGAAGAUAAUCUUAAGUCAAUGAAACGCUUUUUUGAGGAUCAAACAACUAUUAAUCUAGAGCAACGUACAGAACAAUCUGUUGGAAAUAAAUACACUUGGAGAAUACCUGAAGUCAAACAGUUAUUUAAGAUUGUCCAAAAGAGGCAGUUAAAAAUUGAUGAAAGAUCUAAAGAUAUUAAUGAGUUAGAGGCAAAGAUUUUUAUGUUUAAAAAGAAAGAAUGCCAUAUAUUGUUGCAACAAAGAGAUGAAAUUAAAGAAAGAUAUUCUCAAAUAGAUUACUUAAAGACAGAGGUAUUAAAUAAUCAGUAUGCUCCAUUAAGUUAUCAUCAAAACUCGUUGAAGAAAAUAUUACGUGAAAAGAUGUUAAAUUUGGAUAAACAAUCAGAAGAAAUUAGCCAAUGUCUAUACAUAUCUAAAUUGUUUGUGAAUUAUCUUACGGAUCCAUUAAAUACAGAUAUUAGAUCACUUCUUAUGUCAGCAGAAUAUUUUGAUGUAUCAAACAAACUAAAGCCAAAAUCUGUUAAUAUUAAUACUGUAAGUAAGAUUGGUCGAGACCAAAUACAAUCACUAGAUGUUGUUCAAGUCGGCUUAGAUAUUAAUGCAAAGAAACAAAUGGGUAAAUUUUUUAAAGAACUUCAUUCUCAAAAGUUAUGA